CUUAACCAUGCCAGGAGGCCUGCAUCCACCGCUUUCGGUCAUGGAAUCAUGGCCUGCGCGCAACACCAUCAACCCGGAAACCCAUGGGGCAGCGUCCAUUGCGCUCCCAGUUAUCUUCGGAUCCAUCGCAGUCACAGCAGUCAUACUUCGACUAUGGGCUCGCUGCGUAAUUCAGCGACAGGGUAAACUAGACGACAUAUUCAUCGCAUUAGCACUAAUCCCAGCCAUAGGCCUCAACAUCAGCUUCCCCCUGGGAGCCUACACCUACGGCGAAAACCACCACGUAUGGGACAAUACACUCCCCCAACUCCUCCAAUCUCGCAAACUCGCCAUCGCACAAGAACUAUUCUACAUCCUCUCCUCGUGCUUUACCAAGAUCUCAGUCCUACUCUUCUAUCGGCGCAUGGGCCACCGGACCACCAUCUCCCCUCGCUUCCUCAACAUCAUCUACAUCAGCAUCGCCAGCGUAGCAGCCUACACGCUCGCCUUCUUCAUCGUAAUCUGGGUCGCCUGUCGUCCCUUCUCGGCCUACUGGAUGGAAGUCGACCCGGAGUAUACCGCCACGCACAAAUACACGUGCUACAAUGAACCUGCCCAUCUCAUCGCCGCGACGUUUAUAAGUCUUGUGCAGGAUAUCGUGGCCACAACACUACCCGCUGUGUUGUGUUGGAGUUUGCAGAUGAGGCUGAGGCAGAAGGUGUUGCUCAAUGGGGUGGUGUUUGGGUUGGGGUAUUUGGCUGCUGUUGUGGCUGGGGUGAGGGUGUGGUUUCUUUAUAGGAUGUUUUAUGUCAGUUAUGAUGCAAGCUGGGACGUUUGGUAUUGCUGGGUGCUUGCUAUGUUGGAGGUGGAUGUUGCCGUGGGGUGUUCGUGUUUGCCCGGGGUUAAUGUUUUUGUGAGGAGCGUGGGGUGUGGUGGGGGCAGGAAGGGAGGAAGUGGGAGUGGGAGUGGGGUGGGGUCGUGGAGUUGGCGUGUUGGGAGGAGUCGGAGUUGGAGUUGGAAGUGGGUUAAGGAGGGGGGCGUGGGGGUUCAUGUUAGUACUAGGAUGAGAGCCAAUACUGUUGAUGGGGAAGCAAGGGGGGUGAAGAAUGAAGGGGGUGAGAGGGGGUCGAAUGAUACGGAGAGGGAUCUUUUGGAUAGGCAGGCUGGUAGUGUGGUUGAGUUGAAGGUGUAUAGACAGGUGUCGGAGGGUGAGGUGUAA